AUGAGGAGUAAAAUUUAUUCAGUAUUUUCUAUUAUCAUUUACUGUUAUGAUUUUGUACAGACAUCAGACUGUGAUAUCAAAUAUGAUUUUAAAAAGAAGGAGGAAGUAAAAAUAGCAGAUUGUAAAAACAAAGGACUGACUUUUAUACCUCAGGAUUUACCGGGAGAUAUAGAAGUUUUAGAUAUGAGUUUUAAUCGGUUGCAAAUAAUUGGGAACAGUGCUUUCGUAAAUUAUAGAGAUCUAAAAGAACUAUACCUGAGUCGAAACCAACUCCGUUAUAUAUCUAACAAAUCAUUUCAAGGAUUACAUAAACUUACAAUACUUGACAUGUCUGGAAAUAUCCUAAAUUUAUCUAAAGUGUAUUCAGCAGAACUAUUUCAUCCAAUUAAAAACCUAACAAAGUUGAAUAUCAGGAGAAAUAUGCCUCAACCGAUAGACUUUGUUACGGAUUAUAAUUAUCCCGAUCAUGCAUUCGGUAUUUUGAUGGAGUUGUCUUUCUUAGCUAUCGAUAUGAUGCCUUUGCCAUACUUUGGAAGUGGAUUUGGUCAAAUGACCACUCUUAAAGAAUUACACUUCGACUCAUGUUAUUUAGUUCGCUUGUCGAAUGAAACCUUUCAGAGAUUUUACUCGUCUGUCGAACAGCUGACUAUCAGAAAUUGUCGGUUACACUUUGUUGUCACAGAAUAUAACGCAUUGCUGCCGUUUCCAAAGCUCGAUGUGAUAGAUUUUUCUGGAACGUUUAUGCAUCUGAAGCAUGCGUUGCAGCUAAUACACCCAUACCGUAAUGCCAAUAUAUCGACAAUAAACUUCGGUCAUGUGAGUGACGUUAGUAUUGACAGGGUUGAUAUCCCGUAUGUUCUGACAAUUACAGUGGACAUAAUGAAGAUCAUGAAAACUAUUUGUGUAGAAAAUUUAGAUUUAUCUCAGAAUGGUAUAGUAGAUUACGAGCCUGGGUCUUUGUUCUCCUUUGAUCAUCCUGAAUGUUUACAACAUAUUUCUUUUAAAGAAAACAGGUUUUUGCUUGCAAGCGAGAAAAAUCUAAAUGACAUAAGCCAUUUCUUUUCUAGAACUGUUAAAUUAAAAUCGCUCGACUAUUCAUAUAAUACUGUCAACUAUUUUAAACAUAACUCAGUUUCUUCAAAUUCAGAUUUGAAUUGUUCAUUUCACAGUAAUGUGAUACUACCAAAGUCACUUGAAAAAAUAGAUGUCAGUUACACCGUAGCAAAUACUUUCCCUGAAAUAAUUCUUAUAGUACCUAAAAAUAACAGUCUUACAUAUCUAGAUGUAUCGUAUUCAAGAUCAAAUGUUGCCAUACUCAUUCUUCAAAUUCGAUUGGAAACAUUUAUUGCUGAUGGUAUAGACUAUCUAUUUGCAUGGAAUCAAAUACAACGUUCUUAUUAUAACACCGUAAAAACAAUUAUAUGGAAAAACGCCGAACUGGAUAAUGCAUUAAGACUAUUCGGUAAUCGUUUUUUCAGAAGUACUAUAUCUGUGGAGUCAAUAGAUAUAUCUGAAAAUGGCAUUUGGUAUAUCCCGGACGACCUAUUUAAGCCAAUGCCAAACUUGACAAAUUUGUCUUUAAGUAAAAAUUCACUUCAGGCUAUUCCGGUACAACUGAGUAAUCAUGCUAAAGUACAAAAGCUAGACGUAAGGAAGAAUCGAUUAACAAGUGUAAGUUCAGUUAUCAGAGACUGGGCAGAUAAGAUGGAAGACCUGCAUGGAAUGACUUUACAUCUCACUGAUAAUGCAUUUGAGUGUAAUUGUGACAAUAUAGCCUUCAUAAUGUGGAUUCAGACUACAAAAGUUAAUCUGGACAGCCGAUCAUAUAAAUGUAAAUUAUCCAACGAAACAGUUAUAGAUACACUUUUUUGCGUACAACUCUUUAUAUGA